UCCAUGUAUAUUUUCAAGUGAGGCAUGUAAACUGUAAGACAAUAUAUUUAAGAAAAUGCCCUCGGAUUUUCUUAAAUAUAUUGUCCCCUAUAUUAUCGUGCUUCCAUCUCUUUCUAGCCUGGACAUGAUGUUUGAUCCGAAGACAUUAGGCGGCAAGGCGCCGGAAUCCUACCAAAAAAAGUUUAGGGAACAGUGUCCGGGCAAGAACGAGAAGGAAGGUGUAACCCUCCACCUGGCAGACGCAGAGCCCAGUCCCCGCAUCCUGAAGAGCCACUACCCGUUCACCCUCAUGCCCAAGGACGUCCUCGACAGAGUAAAGGUUGUGUACGUGACCCGGAACCCCAAGGACAUGGCUAUCUCGCUGUUCAACAACUUCAAAAUGUUUAAAGUAUUUGAGUUCGAGAGCGAAAAGGAGGAGUAUUUCAAAGACAUCAUGAACAACAAAACUCUUUAUUGCCCCUACUGGCCCCACGUGAAGGAGGCGUGGGGGAAGAGGCACCACCCUAACCUGCUCUUCCUCUUCUACGAGGAUAUGAAGGCCGACAUCAUGAAAGAGCUGGGAAGGAUCAACGAGUUCCUGGGAACAGGGCUGAGCCAGGAGUCCCUCGAGAAUGUGGCGCGACACACCUCCUUCUCGGCCAUGAAGUCCCGAGGAGAGCCAAUCACAGACCAAGUGUUCGACAAGAAAGAUGACAACGAAGUCAGAUUCUUCCGAAAGGGCACGACGGGUGACUGGAAGAACCACUUCUCGCCGGAGAUGCAGAAGGAGUUUGACCAAUGGAUUAAGGAAAACCUGGCCGGCAGCGACCUGAGCCUGAGCUGGGCCCUGGCGGAGUGAGCCUCGCCUUGGCGCGGUGCCAGCCACUCUUUCUCUCACUCGU